GUCCCUUGACCGAAACAUUCUUCAAGCCAAAAGAGUCUCUGAGACUCUCUCUGCACUUACCAGACAAGUAAACCUUGCCAUUAGGAAAGAUUACUGUCGCGGCUGGAUCUUGUUCUUCAGUUUUACAAGGUUUCACAGGUUUGGUCUGUUCUUCAGUGCCUGUUUAUUGUUUUGAUACGCAGCAGCCAUGGAUGUUGAUUCGCAACCAAUGAUGGAGGAGACCAUACUGGUCGGUGACGACCUAAUGAUGGGUCCUCCAUCUCCUGUCAUCCCUCCUGAAAUUGCUUCACAUGUCCUCGAAGGUGUUGAUUUGUGCGAUGGCAUUUUGAGGAAUCUAUUCCUAUGCUUGCAAAUCAAUGAUAUUGAACCAUUUUGCCAAGAUGAGCUUGCCUUGUAUCGACAGUGUGCUGAAAACAGGGACAAGGUAUUGAGAGUAAGGCUUCAAGAGAGCGAGUACAAGUUAGGAUCUUCAAUGCCUAUUGAUCUUGCUAAGGAAAGGAUUACUCAGCUUGAAUCUGAAACCACAUCACUAGAGAGGCACUUGAUUCUAGCAAGUGGAGCUGAAGGAAUCGAAGGAUUUCGUCGGAGAUGGAGUUUGCACGGUCGUAUGACUGAUACCAAAAAAAGACUGGAGUCACUGAAGCAAGGAAUGGAAAAUAGGAAAAAGGAAGCGCAUGAGCAGCCGGCGAAACCUUCUACUGGGAAGAGAUGGUUUCUUUGGUGAAGCUUUUGUCAUUUUACUCCAGAAUGAAUCAUACAUUCUAAAACAAAAUAAUGCAUUUAUGGUGCAGAUGAUUCCCAAUGUAACCAUAUUUUUGUAUGGCAAGUAAAAAUCUAUAUUAUUAAAAGAGAAGUACCCAUAUAAAAUACC